AAUGUAUUAGAUGGCAAGUUUAUUUAGGUGUUAAUGUAAGAGCUGAGGAUGUUCAGUGACUGGCCCUCAGAGCUGGUGCCUCAGCAGGGUUGGGGAGAUGAAGCUGCCAUCAGUGCUUUUAAGGUAAACUAAUGAGUAGCAUUCAAUAAUUUUUAUAUUUCGACAAGCCAUAAGAAAAAUUAAAUUCCAUAAUCUGGAUUUUCAAAAGGAUGCAAUACCAUGGACAGUUGGACGGGAUUUUGUGGCAGGCACAGCCAAGCACCUUGCUGGAAGUCUUGGCCUCACCAAACCUGGACCACCCAUCAAGAGCAAAAUUGUUCAUGAUAAACAGCUCCAAGUGCUCAUGCCUGCCCUUGGCCAUGGAUUGAGUUUUCCACUCUCAGAAAUAGACAUCCUGAGAGACUGUGUGAGCGUCUACUGUGAAUGGCUCUCUGCACUUUUGCCAAAUCCCAAGAGCAGUGUUCCUGGCCCAAUCCUUAGUGAUCCAAAUCACUAUGCCAGGAUAAUAAUUAACCAUUUUUACUAUCUCUUUGUACCCAGAGGAGCCCAAGGACCUGAUGUUAUAAACCGACAAGCUGUUCUGUGUCACCGUGUGCUGCGAACACUGCAGAAUAUUGCUCAGAAUUCUCCAUGCCUGAGUGAAGACACGUGGCAGACUCUACUUUUGUUUCUAUUGCACAUAAACUCGGCACUCUUGUCUCCUCCCACCAUUAAGGUUCCAGAUGAGAGUGAGGGUGCACCCAGCUCCACUUUAAGUCUAAACUUUACUGGAGAUGUGCCUGAGGAUGCUGGAGAGCAGUUAUGUGAGCGGGUUUUGAGUGUUCUGUUUGAGACUUGGCUGUUGGCCUGUGCUCGAUGCUUUCCUCCACCACCUCUUUGGAAUGCCUUAAGGGAGAGUUGUCAGCGAUGGCGUCACCGCGUUGGACUCAUUGAUCAGUGGAACAGAAUAAACUUUGCUCUGACUCGCAAGCUCAUCGGUUUCAUGUAUGGCCCUUCCUUCCCAGAAAUCACUAUAUCAGCAGAAGAUGACCUAAAUAUCAUUCCUACCAACAUGAGUCGUGAUUGCAUUGCACAAGUCUGGUAUCGCAUCUUGCAUAUCAUAGGAAAUCCAGUGGAUCUGAGUCGUCACACUGUCAUUAGCAAAACCCCUGCUUUCCUCAAGUAUGCCAUCUCAUCAGCACUUGUUAUUGAACCCAGCCAGCAUCCUUGUCUCCAGAUGUUGCCAUCUAUAUUCCUCUCUGCAAUGAAAGGUGUCUCAGGAUUGGUGGAUGCCUUCUUAGGGGUUCCCAACACUUCGCUGGAUAACCUCAACCAGAAAGGUCGUCAAAUCUCCCCUUCAUCUUCUUUCUCUCUGUCUGCAGAGUGUAGAGGAGAGGAUGCUGCUCGGUUAUUAGCAAAUGGAAGACCCAAAUGCAAUAGUAUUCUACAUCUGUUUGGUCCCUGGCUGUUUGAAGCAGCUCUUAUCAACUGUAAUUUACAAGCUAGCCCAGGACCUCAACAUAAAUCAGAUGUAGGUAGUAAUGCUGGCUCAGGUUCACGGAGACCAGUCUCUGUAUUUGCGGGUGAGGGCAGCAGAAAAUCAAGUGACUCUUCAGCACCAGGAGAUUCUCAUGCUGAUCGUCUUGCUAAUCUCACUCCACAGCACUUCCAGAGUGGGAGAGCAGAGGCACUUGGUGCACUGUGCAGAAUAUUUUGUUCCAAAAAAACUGGGGAAGAAAUUUUGCCUGUGUACUUGGCCCGAUUCUAUAUAGCCCUGCAUCAAGGUCUUCGCCAGAGUGAUCCAUCAGUUUCAGCUUCCCAUCAUGAAAGUGGUCAUAGCUCGUCCAGUCGAAGUCAUGGAAUCAGAAAUGGGAUUUGUAGCGAGACUGCUGCAAGUAUCCUGGUGAAUGGAGUGGAUUUGUUUCGCUUGGACCUGCAGGGUGUGGUCAGUUUGGUUCCCAGUGUUUUAGGGGUACUGGAGUGUGUACUACCAGAAGGAGAACUUAAUGCCCCAUCUCACCUGCCAGUUACUCUUCUUCGUCGUGCUGCCACUCAUGUUCUUCUCUCAAUUCUCCCAUUACCACUUCACUUUCAGGGUCUACAGGUAAAAGAAGUUGGCAGUAACAGUGGUGAAAGACUGGCCCUGUCACAUCUUCGUCCCCAACUCGUGAACCUUCUCACAAGUGCUCUGCAGGUGGAGACAGAUCCGGCUAACACUCAAAUGCUACUAGGGGGACUGCUCUUUUGUGUACAAGAUGCUGCCUUAUGUGAAGUUAUGGAUUCUAUUUCCCAACAUAAUUUUUCAACUGACCGGGAUCACAACAUUAUGUCUUCAGGUGCCUCAGACACAGUUAGUUCGCAUGGUGACUAUAACAGUCUGGAUGAGAGCUGCGAGGUACUGUCUGAUGGGAGCCUUGGCCAGGUUGGCUCCUCAAACUUCAGCAGUGCAGCCACCAGCCAUGCAACCUUGACGAGUGCAACAGAUGGUGAAGUGCUGCCAGUUUUAGAGGACUCUGAUUCUGCUCACGCCUUGUUUGUGCGAGCCAUUUACCUGGUGUGUCAUCGGCUCAUCUCCUCGUGGAAGAGUGAUGUCAAUGUUUCACUCGCUGGCUUGGAACUGCUCUCAGGUUUAGCACGUCUUAGCAUUGCGGAACAAGAUGGAUUAGAGUGCAAACGUGCUGUCAAAUGGUUGUGUGACUAUAUAGCCUAUCAGUGCUCAAGACCCCCACGUGCACAUUCCAAGGACUUACAUUCAACUAUUGUUGCGGCUUUCCACUGUGCAAGUGUGUGGUUGGUGGCUCACCCAUACCUGCUUCAAGAUAAGGAAUGUCUGGCAACAGUUCUUGAAGUUGUGGAACUCGGUAUCUCAGGUUCAAAGUCACAGGUUAAGUCGAGUGAUGCCCCUCGCCUGAAACACGAAAAAGAACUCAAACCAGCGAGCAUGAGAGUGAGAGAUUCUGCUGAAGCCUUACUGUCAUGUGUACUGUCUCAGGUUGGUACUUUUCCAUCAGUGUGUGGAGCAGAGUCAUUGUCAUCCUUACUUGAUGAGAUGACUCUUCUGAGACACUGUAACACGUGGGGUGGUUCAGACCAGCUUACUCGAGACACAGCUGCUCAACACUUCCGAUAUUUUGUUGCCCAAAAUUCAAUAAUGCUGGCUCUCUUGGAACAACCGCUCGGCAAUCACCAAGAUCCUCAGCCAACAGUAACAGCCCUAAUACGGGGACCAUUUGGGAGGGUGGCAUGGACCAUGCAGCUUCGUCACCUACCCAGGCACAAAUCCUCAGCUAAGCUAUACACUGUUAAUCCAGGGCGUCCUCUGCCCACAAAUGAUGUGGGAAUCAAGCACAACGUGAAGCCCAAAUACUUCCCAGAAAGUGUGGAAAGAAUACCUCUUUGUAAAGCGGACAAGUCUAUUCCAACUUUGGAGAGUGUGAUUAUGAAUGAUGAGAAAUCUGCACUGGAACAUGAUAAGCUUCUUCAAAUUUUGGACCAUCAGAUUGCAUUUGAAGAAAGUGUUCGGCGGCAGGUCGAGAGGGAGACGUCAGAGUAUCCAGAUGUUGAGACUGAGUGUGUUGCACCUCCUCUCUGUCUUGAAUUUCAAACAGCCCGUCUCCUCCUGUCCCAUUUUGGCUUUUUGUCACUUGACGCAUUGCAGGAAUCAGUUGAGUCUGCAGUGCCAUCUUUGGUUGCUCUUGAUUCAAGUAUGGCAGGCUUUGCUCGAGAUCUGGAUGUCCUUGACACUACCAACAACCGAACUGUGGAUACAGCACAUAUAUUUUAUGUACGGGCGGGUCAGAGCGCCCCACAAGAUAUAAUGUCCAAUGUGGUUAGCUCAAGUUCUGUACAUCCUCACUUCCUGGAGUUUUUGAAUGGCCUUGGGUGGACUGUGAAUGUUUAUCAGCAUCCUGGCUGGACUGGUCUCACCUCUACUGCCUUUACAGUUACUUCACCACCCUAUGAUGGUACAGGACCAGUUGAUGUCAACCAUGGUGGCAGUGGCUUCAGUGGACGUUCCCAUGUACUGUACUGGUCUGAUGCCUUGAGUGAGAUAGCCUUUGUUGUCCCAUCCCCAACAUUUGGGCAACCAUCACCAGGUCAUCAACCAUCAAGCACAAAUAAUAUUAAUACAGUUGGAUUUGUCCUCGACCAAUGUGACCGUGUUGGAGGUGGAGGAACUGGUGGUGGAUCUGGGAGUGAACGUUCAGAUUCUCUUCCUCCUUAUGAUGGUGAUGUAGAGACUGGAUCAUCUAUCUCCUCACAUACUUCACAGAUAUCAUAUGGCCAUGGAAAUGAAAAUAAGAACAGGAAAUUUGGUCGACAAACAAGCGCCAUGUCCUGUAAUGAUCACAAAGUCUUUCUUGUGUGGCUUGAAAGUUUUGAUGAUUGUUAUACUUUCCCAGCAAAUGAGUUAUUAUGUGAGACUGUAACAGGCUUGGAAUCUAGCUCAUGGAAGGAUAAGGAAGCUAACGUGUACAUCAUCUACAUACAUGCCCUUACCAACGGACUCUUCAGAAUAAAACUCCAAGGACAAAAUGCAAAACUAAACAUGGCUGGACCACUGGUGGAUGGCCAAGUUGUGAGCAGAAGAGUUUUGGGCACUCUAGUGAGACAGACAGCGCUCAACAUGUGUAGAAGACGACGACUUGAAAGUGACAGCUACCAACCUCCUCAUGUUCGGCGCAAGUUACGUAUUCAAGAGAUGGUGCAGAAAUACAGAUACGAGAUGAAUGAACCAGAGUUCUACACCCACCUUUUCACCAGCCCUCUGUGUUGAUUGACAGCUCACAUGAAACUCUGAAAUCACCAACCUUGGAAAUAUUUGUCUAAAAUAUUAAGAGAAUUAUCAGUUAAAGAAUUGGUUUCCUCCUUGUCAGUUUUAUGCUUUAAAAUACUCUGUGUAUUGUAUCAUCUGAGCCAAAAGAAAUUUUGUUUACUUUAUAUGGUUCUUAUAAUAACAAAUAUAGGAACUAUACAAUGCUGUGAUAAGAACAGUCGACUGGUUAAAUUUUAAUACCAGAGUACUUGUUUAUAAAUUUGACAUAAGCAGUUCUAUACAAAGCACUUUGUAUGACCUAUGGGUAAUUUUUUAAAGUGACCUGUUAAAAUGCUACAAUAUGAGGCCUUCUCUCUUCCCUUCAGCAAGGGCAUAUAGUUUAAUGGAAGAUAUAAAAAUGGAUAAUGAAGCAAUUUGUAAUUGGCAGUACUUAUCAGACAUUAGGAGCCAGAUCAUCGGCCUCCUUGAAGCAAUCAUCUGUUUGAAGCCCAGUGCGAGUCCAUGGUCACUGAGUCAGAACUUUCAAGCCUGGUUCAUCAGCUCUCUUUUCAAAACCCUUUAGUAAUAAAUAUAUCAUAAUACCUCAUCACUUACCUGCCAGAUUUCAGGUUAACAACCUGCCUUUUCCUUAGUUUACCCUCCAAUAUCCAAUGACCUUUACUAUAGGGGGAGAGAAUUUAAGAUUACACAUGGUUUUAUAAUUAAUAAUCUUCACUCUGAAGCUUACCAAGAUGUUUUUAUCACAGUAUACCAUAGUUUUUUUUUUUUAGGUGAGUGUUCUUUGAUGGUCAUUUGUUUCACCAGUGUGGUCUCUCCUCUCUAAAUGUGGCUGUAUAUUGGCAGGAACUAAAAAACACAGGAAAAUAAAUUUCCUUUAAUGACUAAAGAACUAAUGUACCAGAUUCAGUCAUUUAAAUUUAAUGACCUUGAAUUCCCACUGGGCUCUGAGCCAACCAUUGGCUAAUAAACUUUAAUGAUAUAGAACAAAAUACUUUUGGUGAAAAGUGUUGUUUAGAGCCUCUUUUUUUCAGCAUUGUCCACUUGGAUGGUGUAACAUGCAUUAGGUAAUAUGUUCUCUCUGUAAGGCACAGAGAAGGUUACAGUAUAUCAGGUCACUUGCUUCCUCCUCCUGGUUAUAAAAUGGGAUUUUCAUACUCUAAUCCUUCAUUUGGUGUAGCAUGGUGCUGAAUACUCAUAUUUAUAGACUGACAUAGUAAAAGGGUUUGGAGCUUAACAUACCAGUGACAGAUUAUAAAAAACAUUGUUAUUGAAUUUAGAAAAAAAUUAAUUUCUAGGGUUUGGAGCUUAACAUACCAGUGACAGAUUAUAAAAAACAUUGUUAUUGAAUUUAGAAAAACAUUAAUUUCUCAGGCUAGAGCCACAAGAUGUAUUCACUGAGAGUCAAGUUUGGUACUCAGAAUAGAAUAUAUCCAGAUAGAUAUUUUCAUGCUGUACUUAAGAAUAAUAUUACUGUAUACUGUACCUGUCCGAAUUCAACAGUUAAUAAACAAAUAUAUGUAUAUCAUCCACCGAAUAUUUAUAAAGUAUCAAUAAAUUAAUACAAAAUAUAAGUUAUUAUAUUUAUAUGUAAUUAAUAUUUAAAUUUGAAUUGUCUUGAUUAAUAUAAGUCAGGAUUUUCAAUAUCCAAGAUACCAUACUUUUA